UUUACAUGUUUACAUACUUUCCCACUUUGAAGAGCUCGUGGUGAUGUGCAAAUUCAGGUCAUCGCGUCUGAACAGGUGUGAUGUGCUGUUGCUGUUGUAGUCCUCAAUAUUGAAGUGGUUAGGCUACGUUUGUAAAAUUAAUAAAUUGGUAAUUUUUCACAGUGUAGCUAGAAAGGCUUGUAGUAAGACAUGACACUGCCAAAUUUAGAAUCUCUCAUAGCGGCACACAUUGGAGAGAACCAAAACAUUGUUGAUACAAAUGUCACCAGCCUUGUUGGACCGGGAGAAAACUAUGGUGGAGAAUUAUUUAAAAUAGAUGUUAAUAUAGAAGAUAGUAAGUCUAAAGAAAAAUAUCAAAUACAUCUAGUAGGUAAAACUAUCCCUAAACAUGAAGAAUCCCAAGAAGUAUUCAAGGUGCAAACCACUUUUAAGUCAGAAAUAGCAUUUUACGAUAGGAUUGUACCUGCAUUGCGAAAGUUUCAAAAGGAAAAUGAUGUAAAGGAAGUCAUUGAUUGUUUUCCCAAGUAUUAUGGAAGUAGAUUAAACUUAAAUGGAAGCAGUGUUAUCGAUAGAGAUGGUGUAAUACUCCUGGAGAAUUUAAAAAUCUCCGGUUAUCGUAAUCUAGAUAGAUACGUGUGUUAUAAUUUAGCAGAAGCCAAAAUUUUACUCAAAGAUUUAGCAGAAUUUCAAUCAACAGUAGUUGCACUAAAACUUAAGCAUCCUGAUGUAUUUAAACGGGAAGUGAGACAUUUUUGCCAGAACGAUAUAAAAGCUCCCCGUGACCAACGAUUUUUCCACUAUAUUUUAGUUAUAGAAGACCUUCUGCAGAAAUCAGACUUAUGCAAGCCAUAUAUAUCAAAGAUUCGUGACUUAUGGUACGAGAACUUCUCGCCAGACGCCGAAUCGCAUCCAAUUCGAGAACCAUUCGCAACUAUCAGUCACCGGGACCUUUGGGUUAACAACGCCAUGAUGAAAUUCGACGAUAAUAAGGCAGUAAAGAACAAGUUUAUAGACUUCCAAAUUUACGAUUACGGAUCACCAGCUACAGACGUUCUAAAUUUCUUAUUGACCAGUGCCAACACAAAUUCAACUAAAAAUCACUUUGAUUAUUUACUACAUCAUUACCAUUCAGAGUUUGUUUCUAACUUGAAACAAUUAGGAUGUGAUCCUGAGCCUUUCAAUUACUCGAACUUCCUUAAAGAAUUAGAGCUGGAAGCUCAUGCAGCACUUACAUGGGCAGUAGGAUUUGUACCAGUAAUUGUAUUUGGCCGAAAAGGAGAGAGCUAUACAGAUACACCAACAUUUGAUUUUGAAAAUCGUGUAUUUAGGAAGAAGCUUUUAGCUAACAUGAUGCCGGAGGCCAAAGAAAGACUUUUUUAUAUUGUGGAAGAGUUUAUAAAGAAGAAGUGGUUAUAAUACAACUAAUUCUGUUUGCUUUUAUUUCUAAAAAUGUUUGGAUGUUAUAAGAAAAAAAAAGCGAAUAAAUAUAUUUUGCUAAGUUUGCAAACGACGAACGUUUGCUAUCAGCGCAAUCAGCUUUGUCAA